AUGCAGAAUCGGCAGGCGCCGAUAUGCGGGAUCGACCUGUCCUUCUUCCUCGGAAUGGCCACCCCGCUCAUCAGCCAGAAUUAUCCCAACAAUUAUCCCAGCUCGCAUUCCUGCAACUGGAAGUUCUCGGUGAGCUUUUCGCUCUCUCUCGGCUCUUCUCGAACGGAAUCAUCGCAAGAUGAAAAACUCACGCGUUUCCGAAUCUGUGGAACGAGCACUUACUUUCAGAACCCAGUGAAUGUUGGGAGAACUCUCUCCGCCCGUCUUUAUGCCGCAGGUUACACCGGACCAGGACUCAAAUGCACUGUCACCUGUGGUCAGUUGAGGUCUCCCAUGGACACACAUGGAGAAAAUGCUCAAAGCGUGGACACGAAGUCGCUGGAUGCUGCCUGUAAAAAAGCUGCUUGCAGUAAGUUCAAGAAAGGAUCGUCCGCAUUGCUCGAGUCGGACUGCGGAAUGUCCCAGUACCCGGGCAGGAGAUCCGGGGACGCCCCGGCGAACUCGACGGGACUGGACCGCAUCGUCGGAGGCACGGUCGUGCCCAGCCAGAAGAAAUAUCCCUGGAUGGUGUGGAUCAGGCGGAAUCCGACGACGCUGUCGGUGCAUUGCGGUGGGUCACUCAUCAACGAUCGAUACGUCCUGACGGCCGCCCACUGCGUCUAUGAGAAUCCCUCCGCCACCUACUAUGUGGUCCUGGGAGAUUUAAAUCGAUAUUCGUCGUCGGAAAGCGUAUCGAUACAGAUCCCAGCUCGAGCCAUCCCCCAUCAGCAAUUCCUGAUAAGGAAAUCCGGAUCGGCCCUGACGGCGAUCGACAACGACAUCGCCUUGCUGAAGCUGGAGACCCCGGUGGACUUCCAAGGCUACCCGCACAUUCGGCCGAUCUGCCUCCCCAAACCCGGCGUUUCCCUCGCUGGGGUGCCGGUGGCUGUCGCCGGAUGGGGCGCGAUGUCUUUGCUAUUUUCACACCUCGGCAUCCCCACAGUAACAAUGCUGGAGGCGAAUCUUGAGACCGCAAGCGAUUCUGUUUGCCAAAAGAACUACGGAUCCCUAUUCACGAAAAACUUCAUCUGCGCGCAGAAGGCUGGAAAAGAUAUCUGCCACGGGGAUUCCGGUGGACCGUUGAUGCACCGAAUCCCAGGAUCGUUUUACUUCAACGUCGGGAUCAACUCGUUCACGAAAGGAUGCGACCCACAGUACGGCGCUGCAUUCACGGCGACGGCAAAUUACGUGAACAGCUUCAUCGGAAUGUACACCAACGACGCCGAGUGGUGUGCAAUUCCCGGGUUUUAG